AAGGACGAGGUAAGCUCUGAGCCCUGCAACAACGACGCACUGGCUCUCCAGCCAGAGCUCUGCACAGGAAUGAAACUAUGGCUCGUUCACAAGACAGAGUUCGAUCUCCAUGAUUUCGAGUCCACGGGUGUUGUGUUGCAAUUCUGAGCAGAGAAUGAAUCACAGUUGGAAGAAUCCGGAGUACAAAAGGAGCUCGAACGGAAGAAGAAGAAGAAGAAGAAGCUCGAAUACGAGGAGCUGCAUUUUUAGUAUCCGAAUUCCGGUUCCAGUUGCGCUUAAGCGUGGCCAGGCGUGAAUCGUGAGAGGAUGAGCUGUAGAUGAACUCAGCUGGUGUGUCCUUCUGUUUUGCGUGAGCGCAUUGCAGCGACCGAGGUCGCUCACUAGCCUGUGAAACUUGCGCUCCGACCACUGACGUAACGAAUUGCUCGUGUGCAGUGAGUGAAGGCUGCGUUCUGUUGGCCCAUGUGAAUCGUCGCAACAGUCAGGCAUGGAACUUCUGUCGCUAGAUUUGAUUCACGAACCCCGCUAACGAUGAUUCUCCCAACACAGGGAGCCGUCAUCUUACGGAAGGGGCAAUGUCAGUCCUGGCCACGAGGGGCGGGCGUGCGUGCGUGCGUGCAUGGAAGCGUCGCUCCCGGAGUCAGCCAGUGAGGAGUGUGGCUCAUGAAUGUGAAAGAUUACGAGUCGGGCUUUGUGCUUUGUCUUGAUGGGGCAAUGAAUGUGUCGUCGAGGAGAGCUAGCGGUGGAUUGGAACGAACGAAUGAAAGACUCGUGGGGUGCAUGGUGCGCUGGGCAUGUGGUGUACGAAGGUCAGAUAACGAAGCACAUUCUCUGCGCUUCUGCGAGAGAGAGAGAGAGGAGUGCAGUGGAAACUGCGGAACGAACGAUUCCCGUGGAUGCCGAGAGGGAGCACAGUACAAUGCGAGGGCCUCCUCCUGGCUUGCAGGCUUGGCAACAGGGUCGAUCAGUUCACCACGAACAUCAUUUUUUUGACUCGGUGUCCGCUGACACCGAGUCUCCAGAGGAGACGGGAUUGGGGAGGCCGAGACUGUUGAAGGCAUGGCCGGCGUGAGCCCCCAUAAAUUAAGAAAAUUCUUCCAUAAUCAAUGGGCAGAGCCGCCGAUCAUUCAAUCCCGUGAUCGACCGAUCGCUCGAAAAAACACAAUAAGAGAUUAGAGAUUUCUGAUCCGAAAAUGACCACCUCCGGAUCCCUGAUCGCCCCUUUGGUGCCUUCACCAUCAGAAUUACCAUCAGUAGGUGGACGAGGUGGAGGAGCAGGAGCAGGGGGAGGGGUUGGAGAAGUAGAACUUUUGCUGGAGCCGUCGCAGCAGCAGCAGCAGCAGCACGAGCGGAGUGAGAACACCGAGCUUUCAAGUGUAAAAAUGCAACCGUGGGGAGGAUUUCUGAACAACAUUUACAAUGGGGCAUCGAAUUUGGCGAAUCUGCUGCCCACAGGGACAUUUCUGGCGUUCACAGCCAUAGCGCCGAUCGUCACCGACAACGGAACGUGUGACAAUGCGUCCGAGCUAUGGCUGAGUGUGGCCACCACCACAUUCUUCGCCGCCUUCUGCUUCUUCUCGAGCUUCACCGACAGCUUCCAGGCGGCCGAUGGGCAAGUGUACUACGGCAUCGUCACCUUCAAGGGCUUGUGGACGCCGCAACUGCCCGUCGCCCUGCACCCCGGCGACAAGGAGCAAUACAAGCUGACCUUCAUCGAUCUCAUCCACGCGCUGCUCUCGCUCGCUGUGUUCGCCGCCUGCGCCAUGAUGACUCCCAACAUCCGCUCCUGCCUCUCCCCCAAGCUGAGCGACGAUGCCGUCAAGACCAUUCCCGCCCUCGUCUCCUUCAUCGCCAGCUACGUGUUCACGGCCUUCCCCUCCACCAGACAUGGCGUCGGAUUCCCGGUCUCGCCCGCCAGCGCCAGCGCCAGCCUGCAGACCACCUCCUCCAAGAUGGAGUAGAUUCGUCUCUCGAUCGAAUUCGCUCUGCUUCUCCAGACAUGCCGUCAGCCCGCAGAUGCUUAUAACCUUCUGCGUCAUCGAGCACGUGCAUCCACUUCAAUGCUCUCUUUAGAGCGAGUCUCGAGCUGUGGAGAAUAUGUAGGAGAGAGAGAGAGAACAUUGUACAUCUCCUUUGUGACAUUAGUCUGUACGGAUUGUAGCAUGGUAGUCAGCAGGAUGUAUAUUCGGUCAUUCCCCCAGAGUCCCCUCCCCACCUCAAUCAAUCAAUCCGGAUGCUUUGUACAGCUUCUCGGCUAUCUGGGAUUUAGAGGUGCUCAGUCCCCAAGCACGGUCAGCUCUUAUGUCAAAUAAGUUUAGUCAGCUAUGGAACCUGUCCCUCUCUCGAUAGAGGUCGGUAAGAUAUAUCGUAGCAGCAGUAGAUGGUCCUGUGUUUCCAGGCAAAAAAAUUAUAGAUACCCGAAAGAGCAGCAGCAGCAGCAGCUCACAUGGAGCAC